GCUGCCUCCUUCCGGGUAGGCGAGCGGCCGCGACAAAGGUAGCGUCAUCACUCCACGCGGCCUGAAGUGGUGGCGGCGGCGGCGGCGGCAGCAGAAGCAGGAUGCUGAGCCGCCUGCAGGAGCUGCGCAAGGAGGAGGAGACGCUGCUGCGGGUCAAGGCGGCACUGCACGAUCAGCUCAACCGGCUCAAGGUGGAAGAGUUGGCCCUUCAGUCCAUGAUCAGCGCCAGGGAAGGAAAAAUGACCGUACCUCCCGAUACCGAGAUGGAGGAACAUCAGAACAUGGACAACGAAGCUGCUAUCAAUCAAACUAAAUUGCAGUUGCAAAUGCAUGUCAGUGAAGAGGAAGAGGAGGAGGAGGAAGAGGAGGAGGAAUCCGAUUCAUGAAGUGGAGCAUGCAGCAGCCUGACAGCCUUUUCCUCCCAAACUCAGGAACCUCCCUGUCCACCACCAUUCAAGCAAAUUACUUCAUUGGAUUUUGCUUGGUGCUACAGAGACCAAACAGUAUUCACAAGUGCAUCUGGGUUUCCCAAAGGCUUCCAGAGGUGGUGAUGAACUGUGGCGGGUGUUGGGAGAAUGCAGUGUCGAUGCAUCACUAUGUAGCAUGAUUCCUUUUAAACACACACUCUUUGAGCCAAGUAGCAUUUGGGAAAAGUCCAACACGCAACUCCUCCCAAAGCAAUAAUCUACCCUUUGCAGCAUCUGCUGCUGGUGAAAAUAAGAUGAAAAAGCAUCAAGUCUAAGCCAAUGGCACUAUCCAACCUCAAAUACUACAAAUGGAAACGGUACUUUGGGACUUUUCUUGCAUGUAGCAUUUGCUGUGGCAUUCACAAAAAGCAACAAUUUCCUUUGAUUCGAACCCAUGGUAUGAAACUUUGAACAUUUUAUGUAUUGUCUACAAGUAAUAAUGGGGAACAUUUUGAGACAGGAGCUUUUACUUCUGAAGUGGGCACAUGGAACGGUGUUCCUUUCAGCAAAAGUCAGCGGAUCGUAUUUGUGUACAAAAUAGAGAGGAGUCUGUUGAUCUCCCUAAAAUCAGGGGUUUCUUGCCUUGACUGAGGUGCCCAAGUAUCCCUCCCCCUUACUGCUUAGUUUAGCUACCACAGGCUUGAUUGCAACAAGCCCAUCUUCUGGAGUGUGUCUAAAAUACCUUGGGCUUCUACCUAAGGGUUUUUAAGAUAGGUCCUGCUGGAAACAAGUGCUGUACUUGUGAUCAAGGGUGCUGAGUGCCUGCAGUGGCUGCUGGUCCUCAGAGCUGAAGUGCUUCUCUUUCUAGCCUCCCUUAGCUCUGUGCUGCUAUGGCAGAAGAAGCUGAUUCUUCCUACCUGCCAACCCAGCAGUGCUGCUUCCUCUUAGGGAAGUGAAGCUGGUCGUGCUCCUGGAUGUUUUUCUUCUAAGUCCUUUUCAGCCCCAGGUGCUUUCCCCUGCUCUUCCUCUUCCCAGGUGCAGGCAAAAAAGUGGGCUUAGGCAAGACCAGAGAGGGGCCUGAGGGGUUUUGGUUGUCUGUUUCAUGUGUCUGUGAUCCAGUGUCAGGAUUUCACAUGUGCUGGUGUAAUAGCUGAACAUCACCCAAGGGAGUGGGGCUAAACCCAGAUGUAUGACCAUACAGAUGUGUGCAAACAGCUGGGGGAUCUCCUUAUCUGUCAUAGGCUUUGAGGUGGAGUGAACAACUGCAAGCAGCACAUAUACUCCCAACUAAUAGUCGGGUGGGUGGGUGUGUAGCUUUAUAAAUUGCCCCAUUCUCCCCACUUGAAAUUGCUAGCCACUGGCAUGCACGGAUACUGGGAGUUGUAAUAUAUUACCAUUGUGGCUGAUAAGACAUUGAUAGCCUUAUCCUACAUGAAUUUGUCUAAUCCUCUUUUCAAGCCGCCCAAGUCAGUGGUGAUUGCUACAUCUUGCGGUAGCGAAUUCUAUCGCUUAGCUAUGUGCUGAAGAGGUUAGCUUGAUGUGCCACGAGGAAGAAUGGAAGGAAAUCUACAAAUUGAAUGCGUGACAAUGUGCCCAGGAGGAGGAGGGUGUGCAGAUCUCAAAGGGCAGCAUUGGAGUAGCAAACCUCUCCUUCCCACCCCUCUUUGCCCAAACGCCUUGAAUCCGUCUUGAUACCAACGAACCACAACUAAUAACCCACUCCCUGAAGUAAUUUCAUGACAUUUAUUAGUGUAAGAUGAAACACCUGAAAUAAUAAAAAUGAUUAAAAGAAUUUUCAAACACUUAA